AUGGUCUUCUCAAUCCGGUGUGCUAUGAAAAAGUCCACCUGACUCUGCUGCUCAUAGUUUCCUUGGCAUCUUACAAAUCCCACAUAUAUAUACAUCCACCCACAUAGGGGAUUGAUCAAAUUCACUUUGAUAUUCAUUCCUUCUUUCAUUUCAUUAGCAAAAGUGAUCAAUUAAGUGUUAAUUAACCAUCGAUCAUGAUGAGGAGCAAGAAGCAGAGCCAGAACAAGUUUGUUCGAAUCAUGGCAUCACCAAUCAGAGCACUGGGAAAAGCACGUGACAUGUACGUGCGGAGCAUAACGAACUGCGGCCAGCACGUGAGCUACUACGGCGGCGACCCCACAGAAGGCGCGGGAAGGUUCUCGAGGAGCCACAGCGUGGCCACGUCGACGAGGUCCGAGGUUGUCAGCGAGGAUUAUGCGGAGCUUCUCAGGGCCGCGUCCGCGAGAACCUUGGCGAAUCGAAUCGACAUGGAUUUGGUCCUCAAACAACAACAACAUGCGAACUCAUCGAAAGGUAAUAAUUUGCCCAAGUCUAGCAGUGUUGGGAUGGCGAGGAUUGAGGAGGAUAAGCCCUAUGACUCUGAAAAGGGUGUGACGGAUUCGUAUCCGAGGAGUAGAAGCUAUGCUGUGGAGGCCAAGAGAAGACCUUCUUCUGCUUUUCAAAUUCCCAGUUCCAGACUUGUCUCCAUCUAAGUAUACUUAGAUAUAAUUAAGUGAGAGAAAGAGAUUUUAAUUAAUUAGUUGAAUUUGUAACAAUUAAUCCUUCUCCUUUCUUUAUCUGUUUUCUCAUGAUAAACUUUAUUGAUUCUAUUGUUUUUGGAUAGAGAUUUUCUUGUAAAUAAGAUUUUUUUUAGCUUGUCGGUGGAACUAUGAGAGUUUCUUGAUGUUGGUAAUUAUUUACUA